AUGAAGCAGUGUGUCGGCGAUGUCCAUCCAGAUUCUCUUCUUUGCAACUCAAUGGCACAAAAACACGGUCUUAUUUCUUUUCUUGCGGGUUCCUGGUACUUUGCAGCGUUUUCUGAACGUAUCCUAAUCCAAGAUCACAACCGCAGUCCACAAUUUCCCAACAAUCUUGAGCCACAUAUCAAAGAGGCCUUUCAUGUACUUUUCUCCUUCCUCGAUGCAAGUUUGAAGGAUGAAAUUUCAUCAUGGCCCACCCCCGAGGGUCGACCGAGUCUCCUGUUUUAUAUUACUACAUUGUAUGCACAUGGCAUAGGGGCUCGGUUGACCAAAGACCCCUUUUUCGCAUCCCUGCUAGAAACCAUCCGCCGAUACAAACGCCGCACGAUAGACAUGGGCAUAGUCGAUUCUAUUCUCGAAUCGAAUUUCGUCGAAAAUUCGGAUUACUUCUAUAUCGAUGGAGAGCCUUUUUCUGUUUCGUGGUGGCAAGACUUUGACAAUGGGCAAACAUCGGACGUUGGUUCAAAUGGGAGAUCCUCACCAUCCAUAGUUAUCUUCUAUCCUUUCGAUACACCAGAUGGCCAGUAUUCUACUGCAUAA